AUGGGGUUCCAUGGAGCUCAAGGCCAUGACAAUAGUAAUGAGAUGGAAAAAUUGAAAUUUAGGGAUGUGGUCACAGAAUUCUCUCUGGUGGAGUCACAAUGCCUGGACACUGCACAGUGGAAUUUAUAUAGUAAUGUGAUGUUAGAGAAUUACAGAAACCUGGUUUUCCUUGGUAUUGCUGUCUCUAAGCCAGACCUGAUUACCUGUCUGGAGCAAGAAAAAGAGUCUUGGACUACAAAGAGACAAGAGAUGAUAGCCAAAUCCCCAGUUAUGUGUUCUCAUUUUUCCCAAGACUUUUGGCCAGAGCAGAUCAUAAAAGAUUCUUUCCAAAAAGUGACAUUGAGAGGAUAUGGAAAAUGCAAACAUGAGAAUUUACAGUUAAGAAAACAUGGUAAAUGUGUGAAUGAUUGCAAGGUGCCAAAAAGAGGUUAUAAUGGACUUGAUCAAUGUUUACUCACUACCCAGUGUGAAGUAUUUGAAUGUGAUAAAUAUGUGAAAAUGUUUCAUAAAUCUUCAAAUUUAAAUGGACAUAAGAUAAGACAUACUAAAAAAAAACCUUUUAAAUGUAAAGAAUGUGACAAAUUAUUUUGCAUGUUUUCAAACCUAACUCAACAUAAACUAAUUUAUACUAGAGUAAAUUUCUACAAAUGUGAAGACUACGGAAAAGCUUUUAAUGGGUCGUCAAUCUUUAGUAAACAUAAAAGAAUUCAUAUUGGAGAGGAACCGUACAAAUGUGAAGAAUGUGGCAACACCAUUAAUCAGUUCUCAAACCUUACUACACAUAAGGUAAUUUAUACUAGAGAGAAACCCUAUAAAUGUGAAAAAUGUGGCAAAGCAUUUGAUCUUUCCUCAUAUUUUACUACACAUCAAAUAAUUCACACUGGAGAGAAACCCUGCAAAUUUGAAGAAUGUGGCAAAGUCUUCAACCAGUCCUCAAUCCUUACACACAAGAUAAUUCAUACCAGAGAAAAAUUCAACAAAUAUAAAGAAUGUGGCAAAGAUUUUAACGAACCCGCAUACAUUAGUGAACAUGAGAAAAUUCAUACUAGAGAGAAACUCUCCAAAGGUGUAGAAUGUGGCGAGGCUUUUAACCAGUCCUCACACCUUACCAGACAUAAGAUAAUUCAUACUACAGAGAUACUCUACAAAUGUGAAGAAUAUGGCACAGCCUUUAGGCAGUCCCCACACCCUAUUACACAUAAGAUAAUUCAUACUGGAGAGAAAACCUGCAAAUAUGAAGAAUGUGACAAAGCCUUUAACAAGUUCUCACACCUUACUAGACAUAAGAGCAUUCAUACUAAAGAGAAACCCUAUCAAUGUUGA